UGCCAGGCUGCCAGCUCAAAAUUCUGUACCAAAACGUUGAAAUGUCUCUGUUUUUGCAUCCACUUUCCUCUCUUCUUCACACCAUCCCCCUCUUCAUUUUUUCUGUCUUAUUCAAACAUUUAUGAAUUUUAAAAUCUUAUAUUUUUCCCCCAAAUUCUUUUUUGCAACUUCCUUGUUUUUUCAUCUAUUCAUUUACAUAAAUAUAAUCCUCCCUGUUUCUUAGAAAGCUGAUUUUAUUUCUGAGUUAUCUCAAAAAAGAAACUCUUACUACUUGCUAGUAUUGCUAAAUUUUUAUUCAUGGGGUGUUGUUUUAGUGUACAAAUUAAGGCUGAUGCAAGCCCUCUUUACCAUACUAGUGGUGGAACUGAGAAAGCUCCAUCUGAAAGACUGAAUUUAAGAUCAGAGGGAGAGAUUUUGCAAUCAUCAAACUUGAAGAACUUCUCCUACAAUGAUCUUUCCACAGCAACUCGAAAUUUUCGGCCUGAUAGUGUGUUGGGUGAAGGUGGUUUUGGUUGUGUGUACAAGGGUUGGAUUGAUGAGCAGACAUAUGCACCUACAAAACCUGGUUCUGGAAUUGUUAUUGCUGUCAAAAGGCUCAAUCAAGAAGGAUUCCAGGGUCAUAGAGAAUGGCUGACUGAAAUCAAUUACUUGGGGCAAUUGCGGCACCCAAAUCUUGUGAACUUGAUCGGAUACUGCUUAGAGAACGAACACCGCCUUUUGGUGUAUGAGUUCAUGACGCGUGGUAGCUUAGAGAAUCAUCUGUUCAGGAGAUCAUCGUAUUUUGAACCUCUAUCAUGGAAUCUCCGGAUGAAGGUCAUUCUUGGUGCAGCAAAGGGUCUAGCUUUCCUCCACAGUCCGAACAUAAAAGUCAUUUAUCGAGAUUAUAAGCCUUCCAACAUACUCCUUGAUUCAGAUUUCAAUGCAAAGCUUUCGGAUUUCGGUUUGGCGAAAGAUGGGCCGUGUGAUGAUCAAGGUUAUGUAUCUACAAGAGUCAUGGGUACCCAUGGAUAUGCAGCUCCUGAAUAUAUGGCCACUGGUCACCUCACACCAAAGAAUGACAUUUACAGUUUUGGAGUCGUUCUCCUUGAAGUAAUGACUGGAAGACGAGUGCUAGAUGAAAAUGCGGCUCCUAAGGAAAAGGAUUUGGUCAAAUGGGCAAUGCCUUACCUUCGUAAAGAAAAGAUACGACGUAUUAUGGAUACAAGAAUUCAAGGGCAGUACUCCUCAAGGUCGGCAAAGGUCAUAGGCAACCUCGUCAUCCGAUGCUUGUCAAUGGACCCGAGAUUUAGGCCUAGCAUGACCGAGGUUGUCUCGACACUAGAGCAACUACAAGAGACUAAACCAAUUGUUGAUUUAUACCCUAUUGACCGUGACUUAUACCCUAUAAAAGCCGAAGUAAAACGAAGUGCAAAUUAUCAAAAAGCCGGCCAAGGACAAAAAACUCGGAGAAGAAGUGCAAUUGGUAACGAUAUGUGUAGGGGCGGUGGUACAACUUCUCCCGAUUAUAGAUCUCCUAUUGCACCUAUUCGUUGUUGACAAAAACAAAAGAACAUCUCUUCGUUUUUCCCAUCAUUCAGUCGAGGGAGUAGGGAGGGUACGUUUUUGGAGAGUUUAUGCAUAAUAUCUUAUGCCGUGUGCCUGUUUAGUUUGACUUUAAAAGUCAAUCACUGUAGAAUUCUUUUAUAGAAACAUCUUAGAAAAACAUGUCUAUUAGUUAGGAUGCAUAAUAUAUGGUUUUUCCAAUGUAAAUUGGAGAACUUGUGUAAAUGGGUUUAUAUGUUCCCAUGAUAUGGCUGAUGAUUGUACAGUAAGUUUAUUGUUGUAGCUAUUAACUUUAUGUAUUGAGAUUAGGAAAGUCAAGUUAUUAUUUUUUCCUGCUUGGUUAAUGUAUUUCUCAAGGAUGAUGUGGUAAUAGAUUUGCUUUGCAUCUUUA